GCUGAGAGGCAGACGGAACAUUGGAAACACAUUUUCAGACAGGCCAAAGGUUUCUUCUUGUGCAGCCAGCAGCGCUCCAUUACAACAACGCUCCACAGCAGCCAUGGCUGAGAGACGUAUUCCUUUCACCCUGCUCCAAAGCCCGAGCUGGGACCCAUUCUGUGACUGGCAACAGAGCAGUCGAAUGUUCGACCAGUCCUUCGGCAUGCCAACCCUAGAAGCCACAUUCCCUACCACCCAUUGGCCUGGGUACAUGCGGUCCUCCAUCCUGACCCCGGAAAUGGGCACCAUGACACCCCACACUCCUAUGAUGCCCCACACUCCCAUGAUGUAUCCCGGCGCCAUGAUGGCCCAGCAGGCCCAGCAGGCGCAGCAGGCUCGCGCCCUGUCCCGCCAGAUGAGCACCGGCUUGUCGGAGAUCAAGCAGACCCAAGACAGCUGGAAGGUGUCCCUGGACGUCAACCACUUCUCGCCUGAGGAGCUGCUAGUGAAAACCAAGGAUGGUGUGGUGGAAAUCACUGGGAAGCAUGAGGAGAGGAAGGAUGAGCACGGUUUUGUGUCCAGGACCUUCACCAGGAAAUACACCCUGCCCUCCACAUCUGACAUUGAGAAGGUGACCUCCUCCCUGUCCCCUGAGGGGGUGCUCACCAUUGAGGCUCCUCUUACCAGACCUGCCAUCGAGUCCUCAGAGGUUAGGAUACCCGUCACCAUGGACAAAGGUGGCGUGGUGAAGAAGUAGGAGGAAGAGCAGCAUACGUAUAUACAUGCAUACAAGGUGAAGAAGUAGCAUAUAGCGUGUUCACAUAGCAGAGACGGAAGAGCGAGGGAUUUUGCUCUUCUGUCGCCUCCCUCCUUUCUGACUGUGAUAAUGAGCCAACCCCAGCUGAGUGCACUGUGUAAACACAUCUGCACCAGUGCCAUAUGCCUUCUCUUUCUGCUGUAAUUACUCUUCAGCUGAAUGUAGGAAAUCUCAGCUCAGCCCCGCUCUCUCCCACACACACACACACACACACACACACACACACACACACACACACACACACACACACACACACACACACACACACACACACACACACACACCUUUCUCGGUCCUGUUGAGCAAAUCCACUUCAUGCUGCCUCUACAGACAAAUUAAAGACAACAGUGAAGUGGACAGUAAAAGCAGGAAUCUUGUAAAUUAAGGAACCAAGGUCCUAGGAUAGUAUUUAUACCAAAUUAUUCUUUUGCCUGUAUGUGAACACACUGUUGUCGCCCUGGACUGGACAGAGACCGUUGCCAUUUACAGUUGCCUUCAGAAAGAUUACCCAGUCACACAAAUAAAGAAUAGAAACGUA